ACUGGUAUCGUCGCAGCAGAACUGGCAUUAAUCUCUCUUUUUUUACCUCGGAGUUUUUUGACGGUAAAUGAGAGCCUCCCGGUGCCCAUUACCGAGCGCACCAGAUGAUGAGAGCGGAAUGAAGGUCCCCGGAGACCGCGUCACGUGACCAACAAAACGUCAGUGGCAGAUGGCAUGGGUACCAGCGCUGGUGCCUGGCAUGGGUGUCAUUUCUCUGUGAAAGAGAGAGAGGGAGAGGGAGAUUAAAGGAAUUCUUACAGCUUCACAUCAAGCACAUGGGAGGCAGCCCUGCACGUCGAGAGGAAUUCGAACAUGCGAGCUGAACACUGAAAGAAACAGGGACGAUGCUAACCGUACCAUUUGAAGACCCAGAUAUGAUGCGCGAAUCUCAGUUUGGUGGCACAUUCACCCGUCAAGAAGACGCCCGGACGCUCAACAGCGCCGAGCUCAAGGAGACCGAGGACGACAACACUGACAGGGAAGAGGAAGAGAGAGAAGAGGACGAGAACGGCCUCCCUAAGAAGAAAGGUGCGCGUAAAAAGAAAUUCUCCGACGGCCGCGGCGACCGCGUCAAAAUGCGCCGGCAAGAAGCGAACGCGCGGGAGCGCAGCCGUAUGCACGGCCUGAACGACGCGCUGGAGAGCUUGCGCAAAGUCGUGCCGUGCUACUCCAAAACGCAGAAACUCUCUAAGAUCGAGACGCUGAGGCUGGCCAAGAAUUACAUAUGGGCUCUGUCUGAGACUCUGAGCGCGGGAAAGAGACCCGACCUGCUGGCGUUCGUGCAGACCCUGUGCAAGGGCUUGUCACAGCCUACGACUAACUUGGUCGCGGGCUGCCUGCAGUUGAACGCCAGAAAUUUCCUCACAGAUCACAACGGGGACGUGUCGUUCUCUGGCAGGCCUCAGUACGAUUCUCUGUACCCGUAUCCGAACGCUGAAAUGGCCACGCCCACCGGCCUCAGUUCUGGGACCCGGGACGGCGUCAAGCCGUUCCGGCCGUACAACUAUUACGCGUCCUACGAGUCCUACUACGACAGCGCCUCUCCAGAGAGCAGCAGCCCUCAUUUUGACGGCCAAAUGAGUCCCCCGAUUAAUUACAACGGGAUUUUCUCGCUUAAAAAACACGAGGACCAAGUCGAGUACAGUAAGAACUGCCAUUACGGGAUGAGAUACUGUAACGUUCCCGGCCGGGGCUCCAUGUACCGCGUUUCCCCAGACAGCCAUUUUCCUUAUGACUUACAUCCCCGCAGCCAAUCGUUCCAGAGCCAGGACGAAUUAAAUACGGGUUUCCAUAAUUAAAAGCGAGCAUAGGGGUUGGAUGCCAGCUACACUCUGAUCUGUUAAUUAAUUAGUGCUUGUUGCUGAUUGUUUUGCUUUGUUUUCGUUUCAUUUCGAUAUAGUGUAAAAUCAAUUCUAUUUAUUUGAGACUGCAUAGGUUGCUCAUGCAUCGACGCGGGCUGUGAUUGGCCUGCUACAAUCAAUUAAUGAAAAGAAGAUGAAAAUUAAAAUUUAAGGCUUUUGAAACUCAUCCUGUGCAAAUGGAUUUAUUCGUGUUACAUGAAACACAAAAUCACGAUAGCAAUAAUGGAACUAUGCAACACAGUGUGACAAAUAUAUUACCGUGCAGACAUGUAAAUAGCCUUAUUGUGUGAAUUUUAUUCUUCGUUAGACUUCUGUGUCUUUGAACUAUUAUAGAUACUCACCAUUCUGACUGAUUCUGCGUAAUGUCAACAAUUAAAGAAAACUAUUGUGAUUUUGCUAUGUACAAUGUUUUUUGCCCCCUUUAUUUAUUUUGUUUAUUCUCUGAGGAGCAUCGGGUCUUGUGAAUGGUGUGAACUUGAGGAGCUCACUUCGAUCAGCUUGUCGAAAUAAAUCUUGAAUGUGAUCAACUGUGUUCAAGCUCUUUCUUGAGGAAAUCAGUAUUAGCCCAGUCAAUACUAGACAUGAACGCACUAUUAUAUAUCAACAGAUUACGGAAUAAAAUGCUGCGGCAUCAGACUUGACAUCUAUUGACAUCUACCUCUUGAAAUAUGAAAUGUAUUAUUUGUUAUUAAGUUAUUAGAUUUGUAUCUGAUGACUGGGGUUAUUUAAACCAUAAAUCUUGUCUUUAAAAAAUGCCGUGACCGCACGUUUGAUAAAUUGUAAACUUUAUAUCAGCACUAAAUAACUUGAUGAGUUUCAAUUCACUUGAUGAAUCCCUUACAGCACGAAUGAGUCUGACAGCUGACAAUCUGAUCGAAAUACACUUACAUUUGUGGCUCGAAAUGUUUUUGUGAGGAUUAAGGAUAUAUAGAUA